UAAGUUUACGGAAGAGUAAAUGGUGAAACUGCAGGGAAUUUGAUGGGCGACGGAAAUUCAGUUUGCUGUCUGUAGACUCUUUAAGAUUAGAAAUAAACAAAUAAAAAACAUUUAGAAUAAGGUUUCAGAUCGGGAACGGAAUCAAGAUGCCGUUAUUUGGGCAAAAUCCUUUCGAUCAGGAUGUCGAAAAAGUAACUAAUGAAAACAACACAACAGAGGACUGGAGCCUUAUUAUGGAUAUUUGUGAUCGAGUUGGGACAACACCUAAUGGUGCAAAGGAUUGUCUCAAGUCAAUCAUGAAGCGAGUCAACCACAAGGUUCCUCAUGUGGCCAUGCAAGCACUAACAUUGCUUGGUGCUUGUGUUGCGAACAGUGGAAAGAUCUUCCAUCUUGAAAUCUGUUCCAGAGAGUUUGCCAGUGAAGUACGAAGCAUUUUGAAUAAAUUGCAUCCUAAAGUAUGCGAGAAGCUCAAAGGCCUGAUGGUGGAUUGGGCAGAGGAGUUCCAGAAAGAUCCACAACUGAGCCUCAUUGGUGCAACCGUAAAAGCUCUGAAGGAAGAAGGAGUGACUUUCCCGUCCUCAGGCUCGAAGACUAGCAAGUCCAGCAGCACCACUGCCACCAACCGAGCACCUGAUGAUGAUGACCUUGCCAAAGCUAUUGAGCUAUCCUUGCAAGAGCAAAAGCAACAAGCUGAAACUCGACCACUUUUUGUGACACCUGACCCUCCUUUCAAUACCGAUGGCGUUAAAGAAACCCGUAAAGUGCGUGCUCUUUAUGACUUCGAAGCUGCUGAGGACAAUGAACUCACUUUUAAGGCUGGGGAGGUUGUUUUUGUCCUCGAUGACAGUGAUCCAAAUUGGUGGAAAGGAGAGAAUCAUAGAGGAGUAGGACUGUUUCCAUCUAACUUUGUCACAACUAACCUAAAUGCAGAUCCAGAACCAGUCACUUCUGUAGAAAAUACAACAGUUGUCGAGGAGCCCCCAGUGGAAGUUAAAGCAGAGCCAGAACCAGUGCAUAUAGAUGAGGAAAAGAUGGACAGAACUUUGUAUUUACUCCAGAACACAGACCCGGCAGACCCUAAACCUGACAGCUCUGAGCUGAUUACGUUGGAGGCUGAAUGUGCACAGAUGAAUCCUCUGAUCGAUGAGCAAUUGCAAGAGAUUGAUAGGAAGCACUCAGAGUUGUCCGAGCUGAAUGUGAAGGUGCUAGAAGCCCUGGAGCUCUAUAAUCAGUUAAUGAAUGAAGCUCCUCUGUACUCCGCAUACUCAAAGAUUGCGGCUCCUCAGGGGACGUAUCCAGCUGCUCCUCCUGCUGUACCUAUGCAGGGUUACCCAGGCCAGCCUUCAGGGGUCUACAUGCCUGGUGGUGUCCCACAAGGCUACAGUCUGGGCUCAGAUCAAGCUGCCCCCCUCUGCUCACUGCCCCCCACAGUAAACUCUACAGCCCCCAGUCAACCAGCUCAGUCUCCCUACAUGAGUGGUUUGGCUGCACCGUAUAUGACCCAAGCUCCUAGCACUUACCCGCCGCAGAUGGCUAUGGACAUGUCAGCUUAUCAGAAUGCUAAUCCCGGUAUGCCUCCACCCUCUUAUCCAGUGGCACCUCCUGCCCAUCCAUCAUCACAGCAGCACCAUCAGACAGCUUAUUACCAGCAGCCCCUCCUAUAAAGCUGUGCUUAUCACUGUCAGUGCUGUCAAACUCUGAAAUCGCCUGAUGUUAAGGAUGUACUACGGCAGACAUCUGGCUCAGCAGCAACUCACUACUCAACCAUUGGUAAAAUGCAAUUAACAGGCUUUUGAGGGUGCCGUCCACAAUUUCUUUUUUUUCUUUUUUUUUUUUAAUGAACAUAUUUUAUUUAAAAGUACACUUUAUCUCCUUUUCUAUUAAUAAGAAUACACACCAGCAUUCACCAGCAUGCUAGAUGUAUAGCUGAAGAUCACGGCAUGUAUAAUUUAUGGAAAACGGUUAAUGGAUUCUUUAAAAUUAGACCUCUUUUUUGGCAGACAAAUAUUUUUUGAUUGACAAUUUAACUGUCACGUCUUGCUGCCUUUAACAUAAUUCAGGAGUCAUAAAAACAAAGUAUUAGAAAUGUUCACAAACUAGCAAAUUGAGGAAAUACAUUUUCUCAGUUUGGUUAAUAUCCAUGUUUACAUUUAAAGCCUGGACAGACUAACACAGUUUAAUACUCUUUUGUUGAAAUCAGACAGCUGUUGCAUGGAGAAGCAGCAGUUAGCGACCAUCAAAAUAGUCAGCUGAAAUCAGAGGAUAUUAAAAGAUUGGCUUUGAGCUGAAUGUGGGCACAAAUGCAAUCCCUUUAUAGUUAAUUCCACAGUUUCUAUGUAGUAGUACUUUGUUAUUGUACAAAUAAUAGUGAUAGCCUUUCCAUUGUAGUUGGAGUUCUCCAAUUAAAACUCUGUCAAAUUUAAAUAAAUCAUAAAUAAUGGUGAUGCUUUAAAUGAAAUGAUGAAUAAUGCCUUAAAUGGCCUUGAUGUGUGAAAUUAUUAUUUUUUUUGUGUAGAUAUCUAGAUGUAAAAUAUAUUUUGGAGGACAACUGCAAUGCUUUUGACCAAAUAAUCAUCAUAAGAUUUAUGGAACAGUCUGUUGUUUUAUUAAGGUUCUUUAUUGCAGAAUAAAUAUCAGACUAAACUAAGUCUGUAAGAUCCUUAGUUGUCAAAAUUAAAUCAGUUUAUUUCACUUUUAACAUGUCAAAGAGAACUGAGCAAAACCAGUAUCCAGGUUGUAGAAUGACAUUGACAUAUUCACUUUAUUUUCUUAACCUGUCACAAAUAACGUGUUGUAUAGUCAUUGUAAAAAAUAUUUGGCUUUUCUGUUUUGCACCUAUCUGUAUGAUUAUAUAGAUCAUUUAUAUUAUCUGUAUGAUAAUCAUUUACCAACAGAUGCCUUGUUCUGUCAGAUGAUGGAAGUCAAAUUAAAACAUGCAAUUUUAGGAAUUGUUUUUCAGAUGCUGCUGUAUAUCUGUAAAAAAAGAAAAGAAAUAAACAAAAACCCUAGGUUAAUGUUCAUAUACAGGUCUGUACACUUCUGGCAGACCCAGUGUUUUGUAACAUAAGUCAUUUUGUGUCCUCAUUUUAACAUUACCUUUGUAACACAGUAAAUUGUAAUAUCUUUCUCAAUAAAUUUGCCUUGUGUUUCAA